AUGAAUAAGUCGUUGCCUGAGAAUCAUCCUUCAUUAGCAACAAGUUACAAUAACAUGGGUAAUGUGUAUUUUAGUAUUGGAGAAUAUUCGCAAUCUUUGGAAUACUAUGAGAAAGGACAUGAAAUAUUUGUAAAAUCAUUUCCUGUAAAUCACCCGUAUAUUGCUGUUAGUUACACUAAUAUGGGUAAUGUGUAUUCUAACAUGGGAGAAUAUUCGAAAGCACUCGAGUGUUUGGAAACAAGUGUGAAAAUCAUGAAAACAUCGUUGGGAUUGGAUCAUCCUUCUUUUGUGUCGACAUAUAGUUGGAUUGGACGUACAUAUCGUUCUAUGAAAGAUUAUGUAAGAUCAUUAUCAUAUUUUGAAAAGGCAUUAGAAAUAUGUAAAAUAUCACUACCUGAAACACAUCCUUCUUUGGCAAUCACGUAUAGUAACAUAGGAGAUGUUAAAAGAUCGAUGGGUGAUUAUCCAAACGGAUUGAUGUAUCUUCGAAAAGCGGUUGAGAUGCAAGAAAAUGUCAGUUAUUAUUCUAUAUCUUUGGGCUGGACAUAUAGUUAUAUGGGUGAAUUAUAUCGUGAGAAGAAAGACUAUGUGAAAGCAGUGAAAUAUUAUGUACACGCUAAAGAGAUAGGCGAAAAGAAGUUGGAUGGUGAGCAUAAAUAUAUGUGUGCGAUAAACUACAAUCUGGGGAAAUUAUAUGAUGAAAUGAAUGAGUUUGAGAUGGCAUAUAUAAGUGUAUUGAGAGCAGUUGAAGUUGGCGAAGAACGGUUAGGUGUUCAACAUGUUGAUGUGCUGGAAUAUAAGAAGACUUUAAUGGAAAUAGAACUUCGAAAGAGAAUGACAAGAGUUGAAAAUGAAAAUUGUGGUUAUAAGAGUUGA